AUGGGGAUAAUUCUUUCAGCAGAAAUAUAUCUGUUCCCACUUCAAGUUCAACACAGCAACGUAUAUGUACCAAUCGAUGAAAAAUCUCGUGAAGUGAAUUGCCGACGGGCAACCGUUGAAUUCGGGAAUGAACCGGCAGACAAAGGACAGGACCACCAGCGAUCACAGGACAAAAUCAACGCCUUUGGGGAUCUUUCCGAUUGGUGUGCAGCAGCAAAUUUCUCAAGUAAGAACUCAUUCCAACAACCCUGA